UCAGCCACGCUCACAGCCCACGGGGAGGAGCCCACCAAGCUGCCCAGCGGCUCCGAGAGCAGCGAGGAGGAGGAGCUGGACCUCUCUUCAGCCAGGAGGCUGACGGACGAGGAGCUGGUCCGGGUGUGCGGCGGCCGCACGGCGCACAAGGGUUCCCUGCACGGCCUGACCAUGAGUGCCAAGUUGGCACGGCUGGAGGAGCAGGAACGAGCCUUCCUGGCCACGUACAGACACAAGGAGCAGCAGCACGAGCCCCCCGGGAGCAGCCCCCCAGCAGAGAGGCUGGAAAAGAAGAAGAAGAAGAAGAAAAGGAAACGGUCCAGAGGUGAUCCUGAAGUGCUGCAGAACCAGGAGUCAAGUGGAGAAGAGGUGGGAUGGGAGGAAGGGAAGGGCACGAAGAGGAAGAAGAGCUGGGAGCCAAGUGAAGAGGAUGUGGCUGCAAAGGAGAAUAAAAAGAACCAGGAGCAGGACAAAGAAGAGCCAGUUGGGACAGAGAAGAAGAAAAAGAAGAAGAAGAAGAAGAAGGAGAACAAAGAAGAGCUAGUUAAGACAGAGAAGAAGAAAAAGGAGGACAAAGAGCCAAUUGAGACAGAGGUACCUCUAGAAGACACAGAUGGGCCAGACCAGGUUGGGCACAGCCCCAGAAAAAAGAGGAAGAAGAGGAAGAGGGAACCAGAGUGA